AUGUGUCUUCUCAAUAAGGUACAGGCCAAGAAAAGGCCAGGUGGGGUUUGUGCAUCGCUAUCAGAGAGGGGGGAGGAGUAUCAUUCACAGAGACCGCCAACUCCUCUCUUGGACACCAUAAACUAUCCAAUUCACAUGAAAAAUCUAUCAAUUAAGGAGCUGAAACAACUCGCGGAUGAACUGCGGUCUGAUGUCAUCUUUAAUGUUUCUAAGACUGGAGGUCACCUAGGCUCGAGUCUUGGUGUUGUCGAACUCACCGUGGCUCUCCAUUAUGUCUUUAACGCCCCCCAAGAUAAGAUAUUAUGGGAUGUUGGUCACCAGGCUUACCCACACAAGAUCCUGACUGGAAGAAGAGAUAAGAUGCACACUAUAAGGCAGACAAAUGGGUUAUCAGGGUUCACAAAGCGCUCGGAGAGUGAAUUUGAUUGCUUUGGCACGGGUCACAGUUCUACCACCAUCUCUGCAGGACUUGGAAUGGCUGUAGGGAGGGAUCUAAAGGGAAGAAAGAAUAAUGUUAUUGCUGUUAUAGGUGAUGGUGCCAUGACAGCUGGGCAAGCUUAUGAAGCCAUGAAUAAUGCCGGGUACCUUGAUUCUGACAUGAUUGUCAUUCUUAAUGACAAUAAACAGGUUUCUUUACCCACUGCCACUCUCGAUGGGCCCAUACCACCUGUAGGAGCUUUGAGCAGUGCUCUUAGUAGGUUGCAAUCUAACAGGCCUCUCAGAGAAUUAAGAGAGGUUGCCAAGGGAGUUACAAAACAAAUUGGUGGUCCAAUGCAUGAACUUGCUGCUAAAGUUGAUGAAUAUGCUCGUGGGAUGAUCAGUGGUUCUGGAUCAACGCUAUUUGAAGAGCUUGGAUUAUAUUAUAUAGGUCCUGUUGAUGGUCACAACAUAGAUGAUGUAGUUGCCAUUCUCAAAGAGGUUAAAAGUACCAAAUCAACAGGUCCGGUUCUGAUCCAUGUCGUCACUGAGAAGGGCAGGGGAUACCCAUAUGCAGAGAAAGCAGCAGACAAGUAUCAUGGAGUCGCCAAAUUUGAUCCAGCAACUGGGAAGCAAUUCAAAACCAAGGCUCCUACACAGUCUUACACGACAUACUUCGCGGAAGCUUUGAUUGCAGAAGCAGAAGCGGACAAAGAUGUUGUUGCAAUCCAUGCUGCAAUGGGAGGCGGAACAGGCCUGAAUCUCUUCCUUCGCCGUUUCCCAACAAGAUGCUUUGAUGUUGGGAUAGCAGAACAGCACGCCGUUACUUUUGCUGCAGGUCUGGCCUGUGAAGGCCUUAAACCCUUCUGUGCAAUUUACUCAUCUUUCAUGCAGAGGGCUUAUGACCAGGUAGUACAUGAUGUGGAUCUGCAGAAAUUGCCGGUGAGAUUUGCAAUGGACAGAGCUGGACUUGUUGGAGCAGAUGGUCCCACACAUUGUGGUUCUUUUGAUGUCACAUUUAUGGCCUGCCUCCCCAACAUGGUGGUCAUGGCUCCUUCUGACGAGGCAGAGCUCUUUCACAUGGUUGCCACUGCUGCUGCAAUAGAUGAUCGGCCCAGUUGUUUCCGAUACCCGAGAGGGAACGGGAUUGGUGUUCAGCUACCGUCAGGGAAUAAAGGCGUUCCACUUGAGGUUGGAAAGGGCAGGAUACUGAUAGAGGGUGAAAGAGUGGCACUCUUGGGCUACGGAGCAGCAGUUCAGAGCUGUUUGGCUGCAGCAUCUUUAGCGGAAUCCCAUGGCUUAAGGCUAACAGUUGUGGAUGCACGCUUUUGCAAGCCGUUGGAUCGUGCCCUUAUUCGCAGCCUAGCCAAAUCACACGACGUCUUAAUUACAGUUGAAGAAGGAUCAAUUGGGGGAUUUGGGUCUCAUGUUGCUCAGUUCCUGGCCCUUGAUGGCCUUCUUGAUGGAAAACUAAAGUGGAGACCUUUGGUACUGCCUGAUCGGUACAUUGACCAUGGAUCACCUGCUGACCAACUGGCUGAAGCUGGUCUUACACCAUCUCAUAUUGCAGCAACAGUGUUCAACAUACUGGGACAAACAAGAGAGGCGCUGGAGAUCAUGUCAUAAGAAAAUUUAGAAAGAGGGGGUUCAGGUUUCACUCCCAACAAUGUACAAAAUAAAUCUGUAUUGAUUUAUCUUUCAUGUAUCAUUUUUUGUAUAAAAGUAGUGUCAGCAUAUGAAUGUAAGCUAGCCAA